GAGGUUUCAGAGCCGACGCGGGGUGCUGUGUUGGCUGUCUGCGUCAGUCUGCCAGCUGUGAACACACCGCAUGUUUUAGAAACACCGUCCGUGGGAAAAGUGCUCACGAGAACUGUUACUUAUUUGGCUAUUAGGAUGAAACCAGUUUACUUUUCUUUUAAUUCAUUUAUUCAUCCAUGUAUGCAACAAAUAAUUCGGCACUUACUGUAUACCACAGACAGCUUUGUCUUUUUAUAUGAACGUCUCUGUGUAUCAGAAAAAAAGAGAAAACACAUUUCCUCUAAGAGACAGAACAGGCACCUUUGGUGAAGGUGAAGCCAAAAACCUUCCCUCUUACCCGGGGCCAAGCAAGAUGAGGGAUUGCUACUGCACGGUGAACCUGGACCAGGAGGAGGUUUUCAGGACCAAGAUUGUGGAGAAGUCGCUCUGCCCCUUUUACGGAGAAGACUUUUACUGUGAAAUUCCUCGGAGCUUUCGUCACCUGUCCUUCUACAUUUUCGAUAGAGACGUUUUCCGGAGGGAUUCCAUCAUAGGGAAGGUGGCCAUCCAGAAGGAGGACUUGCAGAAGUACCACAACAGGGACACCUGGUUCCAGCUGCAGCACGUGGACGCCGACUCGGAGGUGCAGGGCAAAGUGCACCUGGAGCUGCGGCUGAGCGAGGUCAUCACAGACACUGGGGUCGUCUGCCACAAGCUCGCCACACGCAUCGUCGAGUGCCAGGGCCUCCCCAUCGUGAAUGGGCAGUGCGACCCCUACGCCACCGUGACGCUGGCAGGACCCUUCAGAUCGGAAGCAAAGAAGACGAAAGUAAAGCGGAAGACCAACAACCCCCAGUUCGAUGAAGUGUUUUAUUUUGAGGUGACCCGGCCCUGUAGCUACAGCAAGAAGUCUCACUUUGACUUCGAGGAAGAAGACGUGGACAAGCUCGAAAUCAGAGUUGACCUCUGGAAUGCCAGUAACCUGAAGUUUGGAGAUGAAUUCCUGGGAGAACUAAGGAUCCCGUUGAAAGUCCUGCGGCAGUCCAGCUCCUACGAGGCAUGGUACUUCUUGCAGCCCCGGGACAACGGUAGCAAGAGCCUAAAGCCAGACGACUUGGGCUCCCUGCGGCUGAACGUGGUAUACACGGAAGACCACGUGUUUUCUUCUGACUAUUACAGCCCUCUGCGGGACCUGCUGUUGAAGUCUGCGGACGUGGAGCCCGUGUCAGCAUCCGCGGCCCACAUCCUGGGUGAGGUUUGCCGGGAGAAGCAGGAGGCGGCUGUCCCACUGGUGCGGCUCUUGCUGCACUACGGCAGGGUGGUGCCCUUCAUCAGUGCCAUCGCCAGCGCGGAGGUGAAGCGGACCCAGGACCCCAACACCAUCUUCCGAGGAAACUCGCUGGCGUCCAAGUGCAUCGACGAGACCAUGAAGCUGGCGGGGAUGCAUUACCUGCACGUCACCCUGAAGCCCGCCAUCGAGGAGAUAUGCCAGAGCCACAAACCCUGUGAAAUAGACCCUGUGAAGCUGAAAGAUGGAGAAAACCUUGAAAACAACAUGGAGAACCUACGGCAGUACGUGGACCGCGUCUUCCACGCCAUCACCGAGUCCGGGGUGAGCUGCCCGACCGUCAUGUGCGACAUAUUCUUCUCACUCCGGGAGGCGGCGGCCAAGCGCUUCCAGGGUGACCCGGACGUCAGGUACACCGCAGUGAGCAGCUUCAUCUUCCUGAGGUUCUUUGCGCCUGCCAUUCUCUCCCCCAACCUCUUCCAGCUCACGCCGCACCACACGGUGAGUGACUGGCUGAGGGACCGAGGCUUUCUGAGCUGUCCUGGGACUGCGAGUUUUAAGGAGUCCUACAUGGCUACAUUUUAUGAAUUCUUCAAUGAGCAGAAAUACGCUGAUGCGGUGAAGAACUUCUUGGAUCUGAUUUCGUCCUCGGGGAGAAGAGAUCCCAAGAGUGUCGAGCAGCCCAUCCUGCUUAAAGAAGGGCUCAUGAUCAAGAGGGCGCAAGGACGGAAGCGCUUUGGGAUGAAGAAUUUUAAGAAGAGAUGGUUUCGCUUGACCAACCAUGAAUUUACCUACCACAAAAGCAAAGGGGACCAGCCUCUCUACAGCAUUCCCAUCGAGAACAUCCUGGCCGUGGAGAAGCUAGAGGAGGAGUCUUUCAAAAUGAAAAACAUGUUCCAGGUCAUCCAGCCGGAGCGCGCGCUGUACAUCCAGGCCAACAACUGCGUGGAGGCCAAGGACUGGAUCGACAUCCUCACCAAAGUGAGCCAGUGCAACCAGAAGCGCCUCACUGUCUACCACCCGUCCGCCUACCUGAGCGGCCACUGGCUGUGCUGUAGGGCGCCCUCGGACUCGGCUCCAGGCUGCUCGCCCUGCACCGGCGGCCUCCCAGCCAACAUCCAGCUGGACAUUGAUGGGGACCGUGAGACAGAGCGUAUCUACUCCCUCUUCAACUCGUACAUGAGCAAGCUGGAGAAGAUGCAGGAGGCCUGUGGGAGCAAAUCCGUGUACGACGGCCCGGAGCAGGAGGAGUAUUCGACGUUCGUCAUUGACGACCCCCAGGAGACUUACAAGACACUGAAGCAGAUCAUCGCUGGCGUCGGGGCUUUGGAGCAGGAGCACGCCCAGUAUAAGAGGGACAAGUUCAAGAAGACGAAAUAUGGAAGCCAGGAGCACCCCAUCGGAGACAAGAGCUUCCAGAACUACAUCCGGCAGCAGUCCGAGACCUCCACUCAUUCCAUUUAAAGUCUGCGGGACGCGCCCCGUGGCGCCAGUGAGCUGCCCGUGCAGAGCCACAGCCUUUGGGAGGGAGAAGAGAAGGAAAAGCACAGAGCCAGCACAUGAGACGCAGCCGCCCGGCCUAUGGACAAGUGGCGCUGGGGCUUCCCUCUCCAGAACCGCCGCCACUGCUGCCACACCCCCCGCAGAAAGCCCACGUGGCCUGGUGGACUGUGUCGUCCUUCGGUUCUGUGCUUUUGGCUCUUCGUUUGUGGGGUUCUGGGGAUCAGCUGAAGGAUCAGGAAGUGGGGGCUGUGCUCUAGCCGCAGCCGGCCUCAGGGAGCCGUGGCCCGUCCAGUCGGCUGUGACCUGCACCUCCGGCCGUGUGUGCGUCUGUCUCACGGUGUCACGUGCACGUCUGUCUUGCGUGCACGGUGUGUGUGGCACUGGGCUCUGUGGCUCUGUGCCCGGGGGGACUGCUGGCCCCGUCUUGGCUUUCGGCUUCAUCACAUCGGGACGUUCAGAGCAUUACUCUCCCACUGUGCCUGCUGUCCAGGCGGCGUGGGAGGCGGCCUCCCUGUUCACUUUUGAGGUUCGUUUGAUUCCUGGCUGAAGAGUCAGUUUUGUGGCUGGGAGGUGCAGAACUACACAGAAAUCCCUGUCUGAGGCUGUCCUUGGUGCUUGGGGGAUACGGGUUCUGUCCACAGAGUCCCUUGGAGGGAAAAGCGUGGGCUCCAGCUUCUCCAGGUGUCUGCUGAGUCCACAGUUGAAGCCCCCAUUGUUUUGCUGUUCAGUGGGGUUUAAAAUCAGAAUUAACAUUUGCCACCCCCCGUGGAAGUUUGACGAUUUUUAAAACAGAAAUGUGCAUUUUUCAAGCUGUUUUUCUUUAUGUUUUUUAAGGACCAUUUUUAAUUAGCUCUUUGAUACAAAGUAACUCAGAACGUCAAAACCUAUACCCACUAAAGGGAAGGCUGCCGGGAAGGCAGAUGGAACAGGAACGGAGCCUGUCUCAGGAAGGCCAGCUGCAGGUCCUCAAGAAAAUCAAAGAAGGGAAGACAUUCUGAGUUUGAGGUACAGGGGCUUCAGGGGUGAGACGUCCCUCCAGGGCCCGUGGCCAGUAUUGCACCUGCGUCAUGAACCCCCAGAUGCUGUGCAGGGCAGGGGCGGGGCUGCUGUUUUAUUGGGGAGGGGAGCAUCCUAAAAAUGGGGUCCAGGCAGACCCCUCCAGACCUCACACCGCCGAGGAGGCCUUUGCCACAGGGCGUCCUCCCGGGAUGCAGAUGGCAGGUGUGUGGGAAGCGCCGUUUGAAUACACAGCACGACAUAUCCUUGUACUGACUUCUCCCGGUUCUUGUUUGAAAAUACUGUAGUUCAGACUCUUAAUCUCCAUGGCAGAUAUGAACUUUGUUGUCACAAAACUAGUGGAGGAAAAUGUUGUAAAAAUAGACUUUUGGACACACAGCUGUUGGGGCUGCAAUUUUUACCUUGGAUUUAUAACUUAACGUUUCUGUUUAUAAAAUACUAGUGAUUUGCAAUGUAUUUUACUGGCCAAUUAAAACAGAUGUUUUAUUCUUUCUGA